AUGACGGUGUUUCUGGGCUGGCCGUGUCCCGUGGCGCCAGCAGCCCCGAGGAGAGCCGGUGCAGGGGCAUCUCCAAGUGGGCCGUCCCGUCUCCUGCAUUUCCAGAAGACCAUCUUCUCGACUCUGGAGAGCGACCCCCUGUUCGCCCAGUCCCGCGGGGGCCAUCUCCCCCUGGAGGAGUCCCGAGAGCUGACCUUCCGCCGCUGCAGGCGGAUCUUGGAGCACGGCCUGGCCCGCGCGGAGGACAUGGUGCAGAGCCCUUUGUCUGUCCUGACACUCAUCACCUGCCUGGGCAUGUACGACUGGCCGCUGGCCCACAGGCUCCUGCUGCACUUGCUGGUUUUUGGGUUCACGAUUUACAGCUCUGGUUCUGAAAGACAUUUAGAAUACCUUCCCAAGGUCUUCAGCAUGGAGAUCUUUGGGUGCUUUGCUGUGACCGAAGUCAGUCACGGGAGUAACGCCAAGGGCAUCCGGACGACCGCUCACUACGACCCCGCCACCGAGGAGUUCGUCCUACAUUCCCCGGACUUCGAGGCCGCCAAGUUCUGGGUCGGCAACAUGGGCAAGACGGCCACCCACGCCGUGGUGUUUGCCCAGCUGUACACGCCCGGGGGCCACUGCCACGGCCUGCACUCCUUCGUGGUGCAGAUUCGGGACCCCAGGACCCUUCUUCCCAUGCCAGGGGUGAUGGUUGGCGACAUUGGCAAGAAGCUCGGGCUGAACGGCAUGGACAACGGAUUCGCCAUGUUCCACAAGGUGAGGAUUCCUCGCCAUGCCCUCCUGAACCGGACCGGAGACGUCACCCCCGAGGGUACCUACGUCACCCCCUUUAAGGACACCAGGCAGCGCUUCAGAGAGUCCCUGGGCAGCCUGUCGGCGGGCCGGGCCAUCAUCGUGGCCACGUCUGUCGUGAACUUGAAGCUGGCCGUCUCCAUAGCUCUUCGUUUCUCGGCCACGCGGCGUCAGUUCGGGCCCACAGACGAGCACGAGACCCCGGUGCUGGAGUACCAGCUGCAGCAAUGGCGCUUGCUUCCCUAUCUGGCGGCUACGUUUGCCUUGGACCACUUCUCCAAGUGGCUCUUCCUGAACCUGGUGGAGUUUCAACGGGGCCGCAUGGGGACAGACCGCGGCGCCCGGCAGGCAGAGCUCGGACGUGAGAUCCACGCCUUGGUGUCGGGCGGCAAGCCCUUGGCGUCGUGGACCGCCCAGCGGGGAAUCCAGGAGUGCCGGGAGGCGUGCGGGGGACACGGCUAUCUGGCAGUGAGCCGCCUGGGCGACCUCAGGAACGAGAAUGACCCCAACUGCACGUACGAAGGGGACAACAACGUCCUGCUGCAGCAGACCAGUGGCUACCUGCUUGGCCUGCUGGAGAACCACCGCCAGGGUGGCGGUCGCCUUGAGAGCCCUCUGAGGACUGUGGACUUUCUAGAAGCCUAUCCUGACAUCCUUGCCCGGAGGUUCACGUGCCCCAGCGUCGACGGCUGCCAGGACCCGUCAGUGGCGCUGGUGGCGCACGAGUGGCUGGUGUGUUACCUGCUCCGCGAGAGCGCGCACAAGUUGCGCCGAGAGAGGAGGUCGGGCAGCAGUGACUUCGAGGCCAGAAACAACAGCCAGGUGUACCACUGCCGUGCCCUGGCCCUGGCCUUCCUGGAGCUCACGGUCGUGCGGCACUUCCACGAGCAUGUGCGCCAGCCCAGCGUGCCGCCCGCCCUGCGCCCCGUGCUCCAGCGCCUCAGCGCUCUCUACGCCCUGUGGUCCCUGAGCCAGCACACGGCGCUGCUCUACCGAGGUGGCUACUUCUCCGGAGAGCGAGCCGGCAAGAUGAUGGAGGACGCCAUCCUGGACCUGUGUUCCCAGCUGAAAGACGAUGCCAUCGCCCUGGUGGACGUGAUCGCCCCUCCCGACUUUGUCCUGGACUCACCACUCGCCAGAGCCGACGGCGAGUUAGAGAAACAGAGGUCUGGAAAUUCAGUCAUCCUAGAACGUUCUAGAAGCUCUACAAACACCUGUGGGCCGCUGUCCUCCAGGGCAGCCACGUCCUGGCGCGGCCAUCGUGCUGGCCCGAGUUCGCCACGAAGACGCGCACGGGAGGCCCGAGCUCCAAGUUGUAGAAACACUGGCCGUCAGCUGCGUCUGAGCUGCUCCAGCCCACGGGAACUUGACCUCGAACUCUCGUCCGGACAAUACUGGAAAUCGCUGCAGCUUUCUGAACGUGAGCCUGCGGGUCCCGCGCCGGUCUGUCUCCGGGCUGCGCUUGGGGCUCAGCCCCAAGCGCGGCCCGGACGAGGCCGCCAGACUCAUGGCCCAAAGGGAAAUCUGCCUGGUCACCUCUGCCUGGGGGGCUGACUCUGUCUUUGACAGUCAGGACCUGGCACGCGCGGUGUCCACACCCCCAACGGGAGGCCGACCCCUCGUAAUUGGAGGGUCUGGUCAGAUGAUCUUUUGCACUCUUUCUACCAAGCCUUGCUUCACCGAAUGCCUAAUGGGGCCAGUCUGACGCUCUGCUAACUAACACGACUUUCUCAUGGAAUUAAACUCUAUUUUAAUCAUACGUGAA